UUUAAGCUAAAAAAGGCUCACAUAGAAUUGCACGGUAUGGCGCUAAAACAUUGGAUUUCCCUGGUAUUUUUCUUCACGUGCAACAAUCUGUCUGAACGCAGUUAGUAUAAUGUUUUCAAUUGAAUCCCGGAGUUCUUACGCUCUUGUGAAUCAGUUGUGAGUUGUUCUAGUGUGCUCUGGUGCUGUCAGAUGGCAGCAGUUACAAACGGGUUUCUAGCUGAUUGUUUUGUAAUCUGUGUUAAUGAUAUCCACAGAGAUGUAGUAACUGUUUCUGUGGUGUGUGAGAAGCAAAAGUCGGAAAUAAUAUUUUAAUCAAAAUAAUAUAAUUCCAUAUUGUCUUGCACUUGAAUUUACCGGCAGCCGGUCGCCCAUCCAGUCAAUUUUGUUCUCAAGUCAGCUGAUUUAAACACGUUUGGUGCACUUUGCUGUUCAACUUCGACGAUCACUGACAACUGCAAAUCUUUCCGUUUGAGCGUUUUAUUUGUAUUAUGAGACAUUCAUUUUUUUAUUUGCACAAGGCUUUGCAUGAGAAAUCACUUUGAUUUUUGCCACCACUGUGCAAUGUUCGAGUGGGCAUACAGCGGAGUGAAUGCAUCAAUGCCUAACAAUGGUGGUCCAGAAUGUACUGCUUUUCUCUCUCCAUCAAGAAGAUUAAUUGAAACAGGCAUAACAUUGGCCUUUGCUGUGAUAUGUAUUCUGUGGGGCUACAGGAAUCUGUCUCUCAUACCACAAAUCUGCAUUUGUAGCCAGAAAGCUGAUACUGGCAAAAGGGUGCUAUUGGUUAUCAUAUCCCUGAUGUGGGGAAUGGAAAUAGGUUUUAAAUGUGCAUCAAGAACUGUGAUAUAUUUACUCAAUCCAUGUCAUAUUACAACAGCUUUGCAGAUAUAUUUAUUGGCUGCACAACCAAGCAGACUAGUUACAAUAAUAUAUAGACUUCAGUUGAACUUCUUGAAUGGUGCAGUCUUGGCAUGCGCCUUUCCUUGGACAGAAACUCGACUGUUUCCAUUUGAAAAAUCAAUAUAUUGGAUUCAACACAGUAUGAUGGUGAUCGUGCCUUACUAUUUACUACAAUUGGGAGGGGCAUAUAAUGUGGAAAAGUAUUCAGACUUCAGCUGGUGCCUGGUGGCCUAUGGGAUGAAUCUUGUUUACCACUUUGCUUUUCUACAAGCUGUUGCCAUUCCUUUACAGGUAAAUCUGAACCUCAUGUUAUGUCCAAUGGAACUAGAUCCAUUUUAUGGUCCAUAUUAUCGCAUUAUUGCUGUGGCACAUCAGGCCAUACUUUGCCCCUUAACAUGCAAAGUCUUCUGUGCCAUCUCUUCUCUCUUCACAACUCCAAAGCAACAUCUGUGUGACUCCUCAUGUGAAUGCAACUUGGUACAGUGCAGCUGUCAGAAUAGACAUCUGCACAAGGACUAGGGUUAUGUUGUGUUACCCAAGGGUUUCCAGCUUUGAACUUUGUUUAUUCACAUAAUAAAAAUUACAAAGGAUGCAGUAGGACAACUUUGGUAGCUGUGUGGUAAAUGAUCCCCCAUGUGAAAUUAAAUAUAAAGUAAUAUACCAGUAUUUGUAUUGAAUGAUGCAGCCAAGUGGGUAGCUCUCCUGCCUCAUGUUCAGGAAAUCUUACAUUCAAAUCUCAGCCAAGAGGUUGGAUGUUAUGACUGAGCUUUUCUGUCACUUUCCUUAGCCCUUCCAGGCAAUUGCUGGGAUAGUACCCUAAAUUAGGUCAUUAUAAUUUCCUUUCAUAUCCUUUGCAAUCCAUCAUUUAUGAAUCAUUCCAUCUGAUGCUACAGUCUGAGCUACGGAUAGUGUUAUUAAAUGAACCAUAAAUAAAAAUGCAUUAAUAAAAUAGUAUUCCAUUAAAAUAAUUGGCAUGCUGUAUCAUUCUUUGUUACUGGUGAGAUUUGAUGUUCUCAUGGCAACAAAUGUGAAGGUGACAGUCAUCUGGGAUGAUACACUCUGUAGUCUGAUAGGUAUUGGCCAUUUCAAAAAAAAAAAAAAUUAAAACCAUGAACAUAACUAUAUGAUAUAUUACAGAAUGCUAUAUAGAUAGCUUUCAGCCAUAAUCAGGCAUUUCUUUAAAUAUACAGAAAUGUCAGACUAUAUACUAAAUGCAAUUUAAAGGACACUGAAUUAUAGAUCCAUACUUGUGAUCUGUUUAGCUUGUCAAUAAAAUAGUUGAAAUGUUGUGGUUAGCCCAGUUAAAAUGAGAGCAAGAGAUAAACAGUUAUUAUCUGACUUUGUAUUAAUUUAAAAUAGAGGUAUAAAAUUCUGAACAGAUCUUUAUCUGAGCAUUUAGUAAAUUCCUUGUGGCAAAUUGGUCUUGCAGAUGGAAUCCUUGUGUAUGUGAUGCUGUUUUGUUCAUUGGGGGCUUGCUGCAGUGUUACUGUUAUUAUAUUGGUAUAUUCUUUCCUCUCAUUUAUACUAAAACGUAUGUAUGUUUUAGUAUCAAAAGUGUUAUAAAAUGGAUGUAUGUGAUUUAUAUUAAUAAUUACUUACUGGUAUAUAUCCUGUAUCCUUUUAUACUACUUGUGGACUUGGAUCUUGAAAUGGGAUACAUUUGUUUGUAUCUGUAUAGAACAGGGUAUAUUUCUGAGUAAUUGUAUGCAUUUAGUGGUUGUGAUAGUUUGUAUGGAGGAGUGUGGCUCUGACUUGUUUGUUCAGAUGCACAUGCUUCUUGCCAGUUCACUAACAUAAGAUAGUCAUAUUGUUACCAACUUGAAUUGAGUCAUAUUUGUGUAUUUAUUCUUAUUCUUUUUUUCACAUAAUGAAAUUGACUAUCUUAGGCUUUGUCUUACAUGCUUCUGGAAUUUGUCAGAUACACCAUGGAUAAUUCAAAUUACUAUAAAUUCUUCUAUUUUAUUGUGGUAUUAAUUCUAUUUUAUUAUGAUUAUGGUGUUGCUGAUUUUGUUGUAAUCAAUUAAUUCUAUUAGCUGUUACAUUAUACAUAUAAUUUUGUUUGUUUAUAUUGAGCAUACUGAUUCUAGGGCUAAUCUGUUGAUCCAGGUUUUAACUGAAUACAAGAAGUUAGAUAAUAGCCUGUAAUAUUGUUUACUUUCAUUAUAACUGGGCUAAACACAAUUUUAACUAUUUUAUUGACUACCUAAACAAAUCACAAGUGUGGAUCCAUACCUGUGUCAUUAAAUUACAUAUAGUCUGAAAUUUCAAUAUACUCAAAGAAACAGCUUAAGAUGCCUGAAAGCCAGAACAGGUAUGUUUUGUAAUAUAUAAUAUAGUUGUGUUGACAGUUCUGCUGUCUGUUUUUUAGUUGCCUAUAUACCAGGAUGCAAGUGUCUAGUUAUUAACAUUCGUAAUGAGAACUGGGGAAAACUUAUAAUUCUUUAUUUAAGUACAGUUAUUUUGCUAAAAGUUAUAACUGCAGUUUAUCUUCUUGUAAUAUGAUACCCAUAAUUAAUAGCUGGAAACCCUGUACAACUACAAAUGUAAGCCUCUCACUGGCAGGAUAAUGUGAUGAAAAUAUUAUGUGAAAGGAUUUUUCAGUAUAUCAGAGAACAUUGUUUUAAUUUAUUGUUGCAUAAUGUAAUUGCACAGUACUAUAUUGCAAAUAAUAAAUAUAUGCUAAUAAUUAUAUAGUUGCUAUUGAAUAUUAAAUAGCCCCAUUAAAUUAAAAAUAAGUAAAAGUAAAUUCUAAUCUGUAAAAUAUUUCUGAAAUUUAAUUCUAUGAUUCUAAGAUGCAAGUUAUAACCAAACAGUAACAGUACUUUCUAAGUCAUACUAAGUUUUAUAAGCUAGUCAGUCAUUUUAAAAUACAGUAGUACUGAUCUCAGAAAUUAUGAUGAAGUGAUCAACUAUUAAAUAGUAUUAAGAGUUAGGUUUGUAGAUGAGGCUGUGACUUGGACAGGACCAACUGAAAACAGUUGGCAGACUGUUUCAACCAGAACUAUGUGUUUAAAUGUCCUAUGUUUAAAGUGUGUCAGUAUGUAGAAGAUUGAUGUAAUCAUUUUGUACCUUAAACAUGGGUCAUGGCACCAUAAGUGUGUAUGUUGAAAUACGGUAUAUGUUCAGUUUGAUACUAUAUUUAUUUAUGCUUCUUUGUUGUGUUUUGUGUAAUAACAGACAGGUUCUUUUAUACACAUUACGUGUAUCUUAAACAUUCACAGAUGAUUUUCACUCAUAUAAUUGUCUAGUUUGUAAUAAGGAAGUGCAUCAUAAUUAAAAAGGUGAAGAAAUAUGUGUGAUUAUAGGUUCAACAGAAUUAGAUGAAAAUUAAUAUUUCAUUGUAAGGAUCUCACAGAUGAUGCUCAGAAUAAUUUUUCAGGGAUGUGAUGCAACAACAAAAACUGAUUCAUUUGUUCAGAUCUAACUUGAGUUGGUAUGACCUAUGCUCCUUUUAAAUGUGGCCUGACUAUUAAGUUUCAAAAAAUUAAUAAAAUCUCAUCUCAGUGAUGAAACAAAGAGCAAGCUGAUUUACAGCAGUUCAUUCAUAGUGUGAGAUGGGUAUGGAGUUACAACUGAUUGCCUGGAUGCAGGGCUGUAGAAAUAUGCUUGCCCACUCACAACAUGUAAGUUAAUAAAUGCCAGUGGGAAGUACAUUUUAACCUCAGUAUAUAUAUAUAUAUGUAUGUGGGAGAGUGAAUUUUGCUGAAUGACUAGUAAAUGCAAGUAGUAUUUCUGGAGCCCUGUCUCUAUACUGUGGCACUUUAUCUUUUUUAAGUGGCCCUCAUUGUUAUAGCCAUUGCUCUUCCUCAAAAGAACAUUGUCUCUGAAUAAAGAAAUUUCGUUUGAUUUCUGUAGCAUCUCACAUUUAAUUUCACUGAAAUAACUAUAUGUUUCAUGAGCAUAUAAUUGCACAGGAUAUUUCUCAAAUUUCAGACACUUGUAAAGCUUAGAGCAUCUUCAACUUUACAGAAUUAAAGUGUGGUUGACCUCGUCUAUAUAUAGGAUUUGAGGUUGUUAUGGUGGUGAGUACAAAGACUGCUGUCUUUUGAGUUGUAGCACCAUAUAGUUUGGUAGACAUUUACUAACAUUUCAGAGAUCCUUACUGAUGGAGGCAGCAAAUACAUCUGAAAUGUUGGUAAACUUCUACUAGACCUCACGACACUACAACUCAGAAGACAGCCAUCUUCAACUGUGUCUAUGUUGAAUACCAUGAUUAAAAAUUGUGACUCAUAAAUGAAAAAAGGAUCAUGUGGAAUGUGAGUCAUUACUUUAUGGUCCUGUUUUUGCUUACAGCAAACAUAGUUCCACAAUUUUUUUAGGUAGUGGAGUUGUAACAACCGACUGUACAAUGAAAGUCAACUAAAAGAUAUUCUUUUACAGCCAGAACUCUAUAUUCUCUAGGUCCAAAAGGCGUCACUUUUCUAUCUUACUUGAUGCUGCAAGUAGGUGUUUUUAAAACUGCUGUGUGCUAGGUAAUGUAAAUGUCGCAUCAAAAGCCGUUAUGCUGGGGACAAAGGUGCUUUGUCAAUACCAAAUUCAGGCACAGGAUUCUUGUAGGUAGUUCACAACAGUUUUAUCACCGUGCAAAUAGUAUUUUUCACUGACAGUCUUGCAUUAUCCCAGUGGUUAUAUAGGUGCUUUUGAUUGUAGUCUGUUUAGUACUCAUAUAAAAAGUAGCAUUUCACAAAUGAAAAUGUAAAUGUACACACUUCAUUGUCUCUUGUUAAAAAUGACUUGUCUUUUCCUUAGCAUGAUGUCAAGAAGGGCAGACCCAAAUUUUGUCAAAAUCAUGGGAGUUUACAAAUUGUUCCUAAUGUUGUAUGGUACUUUAGAAUGUAAAAUGAAGGUAAAGAGCAACAUGCAGAGAAAGGCAUUUUUCAUCCUGUGUACAUUUGAGUGUAUUGAUUUGUUAGAAAAUUAUAUGAUCCUCCUACGAGAAUACCUGGUAAGAUUCAUUAAGUAUGUUUUACUAAGACAAUGCUGAUCCAGGUUCAUUAAUGAAAUGUAUCAUAUUCCUGUUGGUAUGUAUGUGUUUUCCUUAUUCAGUGCUUGUAUUACUCUUAUUACCACUAACUUUUGAACAGUUAUUUCCUAAUAUCCUUAAGCAGGAAACCAUUGUUGUAUCUGAUAAUCUUUUUGUAAAUAAUUUUUUCAUGAAAAUCUUAAAUGGAUGCAUCCUGUUGUGUAGGUUGUAAAACAACAAAAGUUUGAGUACCAUCAACAGAGCUAAAAUAUUAUGUUUCACAUAUGAAAAACAUGUGUUGGCAUGUUAUUAUCAGGUGUGCUGAAGAUAUAUUAAGCAUCAAACACUGUUUACUAAAAUACAUAAUUAAUAGAAGAGUAUGGAUCCAUACUUACAACUUGUAGAAUUUAAAAUGCUAAACUAUGGUAACAGUUUAAAUGACUUUAUAAAAUAUUCAAGGUGAUUAAAAUGAAGAUGAAAACAA